AUGGCCUACGUUGAACCCCAGCCAGAACUCCCUCUAGGAGACUAUCGUCGGUAUGGCCGGCAGAUGAUCCUCGACCGGUUCGGCCUCGAAGGACAGCUUAAGCUGCAGAAAGCUUCUGUGGUUGUCGUCGGAGCGGGCGGACUGGGAUGUCCAGCGCUACAGUACCUCGCUGCCGCAGGCGUCGGAACCAUUGGCGUGAUUGACCACGACGUUGUCGAGAUCUCCAACCUCCAUCGCCAGGUACUGCACACAGAGGAAAGAGUCGGCAUGGCCAAGGUGCUCUCCGCUGCCGAGGCCGUUCAACACCUGAAUUCACGCGUUCAAGUGAAUCCGAUCACUGCUGCACUCACGCCCUCGAAUGCGCUUGAGCUUCUUGCCCCGUAUGACCUCAUUCUCGACUGCACCGACAACUUCCCCGUCCGCUACCUGCUCUCCGACACCGCCGUUCGGCUGGGCAAGCCACUCGUCAGUGGUGCCGCGCUCCAGUGGGAAGGCCAACUCUGCACAUACAACCUCCCCCUGAAGGGCGAGCAGGAGGGGAAGAGAGGGCCGUGUUACAGGUGCCUCUUCUCGAAGCCGCCGGCACCAGAGACGUCCGGGACGUGUGAGGGUAUGGGUGUGCUGGGCGUCGUAACGGGAAUUAUAGGGAAUUUGCAGGCUUUGGAGGCGAUCAAGAUCUUGACGGGCUUGCAUGACGGCAAGCCUUCAUUGCUGAUGUUCUCUGCCCUGGGCAUGCCACCGUUUCGCAGUGUGAAGCUGCGCGCGCGGAAGGCGUCGUGCGCGGGGUGUGGGAAUGAGGGCGAGAGGGUCGGGAACAUUGAGGAGACGGACUAUGUCGCGUUUUGUGGCGGAGGGCGUCCGGAUUGGCUGUCGCGCGGAUUGGCGGAGGGAGACUCGCAGAGCCGGAUUCGUGCGAAGGAGUUCAAGCAUGUCCUGGACGCGUCAGAGCGACCGGUCCGUAUUGUGGACGUGCGCCCACGAACAGAGUUUGGUGUUUGUCACUUACCGGGGUCGAUCAACGUACCCAUCAACGAGCUCGUCGCCAAUCCAGAGGCGUCCAUGGGGGAGCUUGGCGAUGCGAAGGGCGAAGCGGACGUGUACGUGAUAUGCAGGUUGGGGAACGACUCGCAGAUGGCAGUGGACGCACUGAGGAACGCAGGCAGGGCGGGGCUGGUGAAGGACCUGGUAGGGGGGCUGAGGGCGUGGUCGCUGGAUGUCGACAAUAACUUUCCCAUAUACUAG